AUGGCAACACGACAAAACUCUAAUCAUUCUACACCUGGGUCAUUGUCUUCAGAAAAAAAAGGAGUAACAUCACAAAGUUCAAUUGGAUCUACAUAUUCAAGAUUUAAUAGGCAACCAGAUUUAGAUGUUGAUAAAAUUUUUAAGACAAUGGAAAAUGGUCAUAAAGUAUGUAGAUUAUCAUUAUUAAAAAAAUGGGAACCAGCAUAUAAAAAAUUACAUCUUUGUACAGCAUCAAGACAAAUAUUUUUAACUAAAAUUGAUGACAGUUUUAAUAAUCGUGGUACAAAACCUCGAGUUUUUGAUUUAAGACAUGUUAAAGAAGUUCAUUCAUUACAUUAUAAAUUAAAUGUUGUUAAAAUUAAUGAUAAAUGGGCAAAAGAUAAAGAUAUUAAACCAUUUGGACCGCAAAAAAUAUUAAUAAUAUCAAUGGCACAAACAUUUAAUAUGAGUCAUCUAAUAUUUUUAUUUGAAACAGUUGAAGCAUGUACUUUGUGGAGUCAAGGUAUACAAUAUAUAAUGUCAGAAUAUUCAUCAAUAAGUCAUGCAAUGUCAAUUCAUAGAUAUUUAAAAAAACAAUUUUUAGGAUUAAUGAAUCCAACAACAGAAUGUGUAACAUUAAAAAAUAUGAAACCAUUUGUUCAAUCAACAUUACAACUUAAAAUUCAAUCUAAAGAAUUAAUUGAAUACGUUGAACAAAAGAUGGAUUUUUAUUCAUUUUCGCAAGUAUAUAAAAAAUUAAUUCAUAUUCAAGAAUUAUUUUCUGAUCGUUUCUCUCAUUUAAGUGAUGAUGGUGGAAUGACAGUAACAUUUAAUAAUAUUCUUCGUUUUUUAAAAGAUACACAAAAAGAUUCAAUGGGACAUGAUCGUGAAAAAACAUCACAAUAUUUUACUAGAUAUUGGAGAGAUUUAAAUAGUCGUCAAAAUUGUUCAGAUCCAUCAUUUACAGUACCAGAAUUUAUAGAUUAUCUUUUUUCACCAGAAAAUUCUAUAUUUGAUCCAUCAAAUGAACAAGUUGUUCAUGAUAUGUCGCGACCAUUAUCUCAUUAUUGGAUAGCAUCAUCGCAUAAUACAUAUUUAACAGGUGACCAAUUAAAAAGUGAAUCAUCACUUGAUGCCUAUGCAAUGGCAUUAUUAAUGGGAUGCCGAUGUGUUGAGUUAGAUUGUUGGGAUGGUCAAAAAAAACCAAAUGGUGAAUUUAUAGAAAUAGUAAUUUAUCAUGGAUAUACAAUGACAUCUAAAUUAAAUUUAAGAGAUGUAUUAUUUACAAUAAAACAUUAUGCAUUUGUUGCUAGUGACUAUCCUGUAAUAUUAUCUAUUGAAGACAAUUGUUCUGUCCCAGCACAAAGAUUAUUAGCGCAAGAAAUAAAAGAAAUAUUAGGUGAUAUGUUACUUACACAACCAGUUAAUAAAGAUGAAAUACAAUUACCAAGUCCAGAUAGUAUGAAAAAAAAAAUUAUUUUAAAACAUAAAAAAUUACCAAAAGAUUCAGAUAGUUUUGAUUUACAACAAAGUGAAGACGAUACUGAUCAUGAUAUAUUAUCACGUGAAUGUGUUAGAAAAGGUGAAUUAUUACUUAAAGAUAAUAAUUCAAAUACAUGGAAUAGACAUGUUUUUGUUUUAUUUAGCGAUAAAUUAUGUUAUAUGCUUAGUCCAAAUAAUAAGAAUGAUGAUUUAAUUAGUUUAAAUAGUAUAUCUGGUGAUGAUGAUAUUUCUGAUGACAAUAACACAUCAUUAGAUGUUAGAUUAGAUGAGAUGCAUGUUACUGAAGAAUGGUUUCAUGGUAAAAUUGAUAAAGACGAGGCUGCUAGUAGAUUAAUGGAACAUGCUGAUAAAGGUAAUGGUGUUUUUCUUGUUCGUGAUUCUUUUUUAUUAAUUGGUGAAUAUUCAUUGUCAUUUUUAUAUAAUGGUAUUGUAAGACAUUGUCGUAUACGAUCAAAACUUGUUGAUGGUGAGAAAAAAUAUUUUUUUGUUGAAGAUAGAAUUGUUGAUACAUUAUAUGAACUUAUAUCUAUUUAUACAACUGAAAAAUUAUAUACACCAACAUUUAAAGUUAACCUAGUUACACCAUGUCCGCAACCUCAACCACAUUUAAACCAAUAUUGGUUUUCUGAAACUGUUGAUAAAUUAAGAGCUGAAGAAUUACUUGGCACUAUAAAAAGUGAUGGCGCCUUUUUAAUAAGAUAUAGUGGAACUGAUCGUAAUGUCUUUGUUUUAAGUUUACGUGUUGAUGGACAAUUUUGGCAUUAUAGAUUAAAAAGAGAUGGUAGAAUAUUUGUUGUUAAUCAAAUGAUAUUUGAAAAUUUAAAUCAAUUAGUAGAAUUUUAUUCAACAAGAGAUUUUGUAAGAGGUGUUUCAUUAAAAUUUCCUGUUAAUGAAAAAAAUAUUGGUGCAUAUGUUAAUAAAACAAAUAAUAAUACACCUGGAUGUUAUAUGGAACUAAAAGAUUUAGAAAGAGAAAUUGAGGUUAUUUCAAUAAAAGGAUAUAUGGGUAUUCAUCAAGAUGAAUUAACAUUUCCAGCAGGUGCAAUAAUAAAAGUUGUUAGAAAAGAAAAUAAUUUAUGGAGAGGAAAAUAUAAUAAUAAUAUUGGAUGGUUUCCCUCAGAUUGUGUUCAAGAAGUAGAAAAUAAUGAGAAUGUUGAAAAACUUAACUAUGGUAUAAUUGAAUUAGCAGGUUGUGAAAUAGAAGAGAUUGAUAGUACAGACAAAGAAUUUACAUUCAAGGUCACCCAGGGAGACAAUCAUUUAUCAAUGGAUUCUUUUAUUAUAGCAGCUGAGACAAAGGAAGAAUUAAAAGAAUGGUUAUAUGACAUUGAAAAUGUUGCUAAAUCUGCUAGAACAAGAAUUCAAACAAUAAGAUCAAAAGAGAAACAUUUAAGAAUUGCAGCUGAGUUGUCUGAUUUAGUUGUAUAUUGUCAAGCUGUACCAUUUAAUAUUAAUUUUCAAACAAAAAUAAAUUUUUAUGAAAUGUGUUCAUUUUCUGAAGCUAAACAUGAAAAAUUAAUUGAUAAAGGUUUAAUACAAUUUAAUGGUAAACAAUUAUCACGUGUUUAUCCACAAGCAAGUAGAUUAACUUCAACAAAUCUUAAUCCAAUACCAAUGUGGAAUACAGCAUGUCAUAUGGUUGCAUUAAAUUAUCAAACUGGUGAUAAAAGUAUGAUGCUUAAUCAAGGAAAAUUUUUAGCUAAUGGUAAAUGUGGUUAUGUAUUAAAACCAAGUUAUUUAUUAGAUGAAUCAUUUCGUCCAGAUCAAGCAGAUGCUGUUUCAACUAGUUGUCCAAUUAUAUUAUCUAUAACAAUUAUAGGUGGAAGACAUUUAACAAGAAAAGAUAAAAGUAAAGGUAUAUGUUCACCAUUUGUUGAUAUUGAAAUAAUAGGUGUACCAUGUGAUGGAGCGCAAUAUUCAACAAGAACAAUAACAUCAAAUGGUUUAAAUCCAAUAUGGAAUGAAACAUUUGAAUUUAAAAUAUAUUGUCCUGAAUUAGCAUUAUUAAGAUUUCUUGUUGAAGAUGGUGAUUUUGUGGGCCCAAAAGCAGAUCCAUUUAUUGGUCAAGCAGUUUUUCCAGUUGAUUGUUUACGUGUUGGAUAUCGUUCAAUACCACUUCUUAAUAAUUAUAGUGAAAAAUUAGAAUUAUCAUCAUUACUUGUAUAUGUUGAAAUUCGUCAUUUAGGAAGUAAUAUAGAAAUAUCAAAUACAUUUGCAACAUUACAAGGUAAUAGAUUACAAAAACCAUCACGUAAUUUACAUAAUGAUAAUCAAAUAUUUUCAACACAAUCAGAAUUAGGAGUUAGAACAAAUUUUAAUCGUAGUCGAAAAGUUAGUACAUCAUCAGUUAAUUUUCAACAACCAUCAUAUCAACAACAAAUUUUAUCAACUUCAAGACAGUUAUCACAAUUAUUUUCAUCAAAUAAUUGUCAAAACAGUAUUACUUCAACAACAUCUUCAUCUGAUAAUUAUCCAUAUCAAAGUACUUCACCACAUACCAGAUUAUUAUCAGAAAGUUAUCGGUCAGAUAGUUUGGUUUCAACUGACACAAUAUCAUCAUUAAGUACUAAUACAUCAUCUAAUUCUUUUAUGCCAAGAAAAAUAUCAUCAUCAACAAUAAAGAAAUUAUUUAAAUUUGGAAAACAAUAA